UGCCAGCCUCUCGCAGUGAGUACCAUCGUAUUCAACAACAGCUUGAGUCUGAAAAAUUCCCUCCUACCUUCCCAAAUGGACAACCACAAGCUUUCCAUGAAUUAUCCCGUGAAGAACAAGCCAAGUAUGAAAAGAAGCGAUUGGCAGAUUAUUGCCGCAAGGCUUACAAGAAAAUCCACAUCACCAAAGUAGAGGAGCGAGUAACUACUAUUUGCCAACGUGAAAAUUCUUUCUAUGUAGAUACAGUACGAGCCUUCCGUGACCGACGGUAUGAAUUUAAGGGCUCUCACAAGGUUUGGAAGAAAAAACUGUCUGCUGCUAUUGAAUCUGGAGAUGCUACAGAGAUCAAGCGUUGUAAGAACAUGGAAAUUUUGUACGAGUCCCUGCAGUUGGCCCACAAGUGUAUUCUGAACUCGUUCUACGGCUAUGUCAUGCGCAAAGGGGCUCGUUGGUAUUCCAUGGAAAUGGCUGGGAUUGUCUGUCACACUGGAGCUAAUAUCAUCACACAGGCCAGAGAACUGAUUGAACAAAUUGGACGACCCUUAGAGCUGGACACCGAUGGUAUUUGGUGUGUCAUUCCUAAUUCUUUCCCAGAGAACUUUGUCAUCAAGUCAACCAAUCCGAAAAAACCCAAGGUUACAAUCUCCUACCCUGGUGCAAUGCUUAAUAUCCUAGUGAAGGAGCGAUUCACGAAUGAGCAGUACCAGGAGCUGGUGGACCCUGCAUCAUUGACUUAUGUCACUCGUUUAGAAAACAGCAUCUUUUUUGAGGUUGAUGGUCCCUACCUGGCUAUGAUUCUGCCAGCUUCCAAAGAGGAAGGAAAGAAGCUCAAAAAAAGAUAUGCAGUGUUUAAUGAGGAUGGCUCAUUGGCUGAACUGAAAGGCUUUGAAGUGAAGCGACGUGGGGAAUUGCAGCUCAUUAAAAUUUUUCAGUCUUCUGUCUUUGAGGCCUUUCUGAAAGGUACCACGCUGGAGGAAGUGUAUGCAUCUGUUGCUAAGGUAGCAGAUUACUGGUUGGAUGUAUUAUACAGCAAGGCAGCUAAUAUGCCUGACUCGGAGCUAUUUGAAUUAAUCUCUGAGAAUAGAUCGAUGUCACGUAAAUUAGAGGAUUAUGGAGAACAGAAGUCUACCUCAAUAAGUACUGCCAAAAGGCUUGCUGAAUUUCUUGGGGACCAAAUGGUGAAGGAUGCAGGGCUGAGUUGCCGUUUUGUCAUCUCCAAGAAACCUGAGGGCGCCCCAGUCACUGAAAGAGCAAUUCCACUGGCCAUUUUCCAGGCAGAGCCAAGUGUUAAAAAGUACUAUCUGAAGAAGUGGUUGAAGAAUCCCUCGUUACAGGACCUGGACAUUCGAUCAAUUCUGGACUGGGAUUAUUACAUUGAGCGACUUGGCAGUGCCAUCCAGAAGAUUAUCACUAUCCCUGCAGCUCUUCAACAGGUAAAGAAUCCAGUUCCACGAGUCCGACACCCUGACUGGCUUCACAAGAAACUUUUGGAAAAGAAUGAUGUUUACAAACAAAAGAAAAUUAGUGAGCUAUUCACUAACACUGGAGUCAGACAGGUGACAUCCAAUCAGCAACUGGUGAAAGACCAACAAUCAGAGAUUGGUGAUUUAGAAGACUUUGGUGCUUCCAAGCACAGAGCACAGCCAGUUAUCCCUAUUAGCACAAAGAGAACACGUGGUAUGAAUGAAGAGAGCCAGGAACCAUCUCAAGACAUGGAAUUAACGCAAUCUUGGAGAGAAAUAUUGGGUCCUCCACCACCAUUGGGAACGACAAAG